AUGCUUACAAGAACAAUAAAUAGAACCGUGGCUUCUUACUCCACUAAAAGGUUAUUACAUUCUAGUUUGCCUAGAUUUGUCAAGAAUGAUGAUUCGACCAUUGAUAACUACAGAAUGCCAUCACAGACUUCAAUUAACGAGUGGGAAUUCAAAUACGAUUUCAUUCCAAAGGUAGCUGAGCCAAAGAUUCCCCCAGUUUCCCGAGAAGCCAUUAAGCAAGAUAUAGCUAACGAGAAAAAGGUUCAGGUUGAAAAAGAGAUGUUGAACCUGGAAGUCGUCUCUGUUAAGGCAGAGGCCAACGAUGCACCAGUGUUACAUGGCGGUGAAGCUGUCAAGGCGGAACCGGAAUUCUUACAAGAUAGAGGAUCUACGCCGGUGGACGCUUCGUACGCCACGCCUAGAGAAUCGGCCAAACCUUCGAAGCCUGCCAACAGAGGAAAAUACCUUCAAACUUCGAUUAACCCUCAGAUCAACCAGUCCGAGGUUGUCAAUAUGGGAGCCAAUGAAGUGGACCAUAAGUCGUCCGAUGUUAAGCAAGAAAGGGUCGUAGAUGACGUUGAGCACGACAACUUACAUACCCUGGGCCAGGAAAAUGCCAACAAAUCUAGCACUAGCUUUGGCGUGCCAUUAGCAUUGCUUGGUGUAGGUGCUGGUGGUUACUACUACUAUAAAUCUUCAGAUUCCGAUUCUCAAAAGAAAUAG